AUGGGGUCAAUGGGGUCAGACGACCCCACGGCAGAUCUGGAGUUUAGUGGUAGGUACUGGUUUUUGCCCUUGGCAGCCAUGGAAGUGACCCCAUGGAGAAGAAGAAGAAGCUUCGGUGGUGGCAGCCGGAGCACGAAGAAGAGAGAGGAAAAAGAAUUAAAAAAGAGAGAGGGGAAAAAGGAAGAAGGAAAAAGAAUAAAGUAA